AUGGUCGUCUACUACCAGAUCGCCGGCAAGCAGAUCGGCUCCCACUACCUCGCCAUGGGCGUCCUCGGUGCCCUCUUCGGCGGUGUCAAGCUCGCCACCAGCGGUGGUGGCCAGCCCAAGCAGGCCGCUCCCCCCAUCAAGGCCGAGUCCAAGGACGAGGAGGUCUUCAUCCAGUACGUUUUUGACCUUGACCGGUGA